CACAAGGUCGAAUCAAACGCAUUUUGUUUCAGUCUCUCUGAGUCUCGCGCCGCCCGCAACUUACAACCUUUCAGCACAAGCAACGCAAAGAUGGCUGACGUUGAGGCCAAGAAGGAGAUUAUCAAGAAUGCCAUUCGUGGCAUUCCUGACUUUCCCCACAAGGGUAUUCUGUUCUGGGAUGUCACCACCAUCAUGCUGAACCACCAGGCGUUCCAGUACAGCAUUGACCUGUUCGCUGAGCAGUACAAGGACAAGAAGAUUGACGUGGUGGCGGGCUUUGAGGCUCGUGGCCUCAUCUUUGGCGCUCCUCUGGCUCUUGCGCUUGGGGUAGCCUUUGUGCCGCUGCGCAAGCCCGGCAAGCUGCCCGGUGACAAGAUCAGCGAGGAGUACAAGACCGAGUACAGCACGGACAAGAUUGAGAUGCACGUGGGCGCCAUCCAGCCCGGGCAACGCGUUGUGCUGGUUGAUGACCUGAUUGCCACCGGCGGCACCCUUGCCGCCGGCAUCAACCUCGUCAAGAAGGCCGGCGGUGUGGUGGUGGAGGCGGCGUGCGUCAUCGAGCUGCCCUUCCUCAAGGGCCGCGACAAGAUCCAGGGCACCGACCUCUUCGUGCUCGUGGAGAAGGAGGGCCUGUAAGCAACUCCACUGCCAAGACCGCAGCCGUGCAUAUCUAGCUAGUGCACCCGGCAGCCGUAUGAAAGCAUUCUCGGUCUGUGCACCGUCGCACAUUAUGCAGCCGCAACAGGCCUUGGAUCGACCACGGCACGUCGAGCCGAAGUGCCCGACCUAGUACACUUGACCACGGUUGAUUGCUUUGGAAGUCUGUGAUCGCAACCUUAAACCCGAUAGUACAUUGGCCUGGGCCACGGCGCCACCCCGGCGCAGCGCGUGAGCCUGACUGGUUAGGUGAAGCCCCUCCGGGAGCUCAUUACCCCGGGGGCACCGGUGCCGUGACUACUGUUGCCGGUAUGGGCUGGCACGUUUAAGUGCGUGCGCCAUUGAGCUCACGAACUGGUCCUUUGUGAGGUUGCUCCCGGGCUUGACGCCCACCUCCGCAAGGUCCGCUGCUGGCCCCAAGAUGACUUGAAGCGCACGGUUUGCCUGCUCUGCCGUGACCGUGCCGCGUUUUGUAAUGUCGAACAUGCCAAACAUUGUUUCCAAGUCCUGCUCGUUGAUGAGGGGUGCUGUCCCCGCGACCUUCACAUUCUCAAGGUACCUGUGCGAGGUGGCCGUGAGUGCGGAGUGAAGGCACGCGCCAGCAGGCUGCUCGACCAGUAUCUAAUAACGCA